GAGCAGCGGCUGUAAACACAGUAGAGUAAGAGACAGAGAUCAGAGCGGUUAGCAGCGCAGCUAAUGCUUCACUUUAACCGGAUUAUUAAUAUUAUUAUUAUUAUAAUUCUGGUGUUUAUAGGGUGUUUAUAGAGUGUUUACAGGGUGUUGGUUUAGAGCGGCGGGCUGUAGAUACUGUAUUGAUCCGCUGAGCUCCGGGAAUACAGAGAUAAUAACACUAACAGCGGGAUCACACAGCGAUGCUUUAAUCACCGCUCACCGGUUAUUAAUUACCGCUAAUCACAGGUAGUUGUGAUUGAUUAUGGCGGAGAGCUCGGGCAGUCCGGUGAAUCUGCCCCCCGGAGACCCGCAGCUCAUCGCGCUGAUUGUGGAGCAUCUGAAGAACCGCGGCCUGUUCGACGAGUUCCGCCGAGACUGCCUAGCAGAUGUAGAUACCAAGCCAGCCUAUCAGAAUCUGAGACAGAAGGUGGAUAACUUUGUUGCGACUCACCUCAGCAGUCAGGAGUGGAGCCCAUCCAUCAACAAGAACCAAGUUCGUAACGGACUGAGACAGAGCGUAGUGCAGUCUGGGAUGCUGGAGUCUGGAGUGGACCGGAUUAUAACGCAGGUGGUCGAUCCUAAACUCAACCACAUCUUCAGGCCCCACAUCGAGACGGCCAUCCACGAGUUCCUGGAGAAAAAAGAGGACGGAGCGUCAAAUUCAGCCGCCGACGCCGAACUGCAAGAAGCUGCCGCCAGCAACGCCACGCCAAAAACACAAUAUUUUGUUGUUUUGCUCUUUAGGUGCCAUGUGGUGGUGGUGAUGAUGAGGAUGAUGAUGAGGAUGGAUGGAACAUUAGUGGAACAAUAUCUACAGAGGAAAUCCUUCCAAACCGGACUGUAUCUGCACGCACAGAGCGAGUGUCUACUAAAGUUCACUGUGUUCUCUCCGAAAACAGACGUGGUGCUAAGUGACGGGAUCCGUUUGGACGUGAAAGCUGUGAAAAAGCACUACCAGCAGAUCUGCAGGUUUUUUGUGUCUCCUGUUUGUGAAUGGACGAGAUGCUUGGCGUUCCUGCAGCGGGACAAAGCCCCGGGCCUCGGGGUCUUUAUCCUUCAGGAGAAAAAUGUGCAGCAGGAGAUGAUGGAGGUCGUGGGCCGGGCUCGGGUUUCCGGCGCUGGUCUUGGCGGGGGGACGCUGCCGCUGCCCGAGUCCCGUAACCGGGGUCUGCUCGCGCAGAGUUUCCUCCCUUCCUCCCCCAUCUGUGGAAACCUGAUCCGGCGAUGGUCUGGAGAGCAGUCUGAGCGUGGGGCUGAAUUACACGCUGAUAUCCUCAGCGCAGGAAUUCAGCUCAGACACGCUGUUGGUUCACUAAGUGUCGAAACAUCUCGUCCCGUGGUGAAAACCCGCAUUGUGCGAGGAGGGGAUUACGCAGCACUUCUGGCCGGGGCAGAUAUGCGACACAUGAUAUUCCUGGCACUGGCCCAAGCUUCUGUCACACGGUUGAACAUGAGCCACAAAAACCCUGUCUGGCAGGCAACCAUCCAACUCCCUCAACCUCCAAUACCCCAACCACCCAACAGCCCCAAACACCCAACGCCCUCAACCAACCAACGCCCUCAACCAACCAACGCCCUUAACCAUCCAACGCCCUCAACCAUCCAAUGCCCUCAACAACCCAAUGCCCCUCAACCGCCCAACACCUUCAACCUCCGAACAUCCUCAACUAUCCAACACCCUCAACCAUCCAACGCCCUCAACGAUCUCUCUCCUGCUCCUGGCCGGCGGCUCGGGUCUGUUAAACGCAGCCUGACGCAGGAGUCUCGAUCUGUCGACGUUCGCCUGCGAUGCUUCACGCUCAGCACAGCGGACACACCGAGGCUGUUCAUCCUAAAAUCAAACUGUCAGCGGCAGCGUUUACGACUGUUAUUCAGCUUCACCGUGACCGCUGACCAGAUCCUCUUACACGAAAACAACGUCAACCGAGAUGAGCCGGCCGCAGAUCUACGAUACACGACUCCGGAGGCGCGCGGAGAGCCGGUGUGUGUGUGUGUUUUAUACACUGAGGACAGAGAGAUGUGUGUGACUCUGACUGUAGGAGUGUUGCUGGUGUUGUCGGUAACGGGGCCGUGGCGCGGGGACUGCACGGACUCGGCGGGGGACGGAGCUCCGGACUCCUCUCAGGAGCGGCUCCAGACCGGCGGGAAGCGGCGGCUCUCACUGCAGAACACAGCGGAGAUCCAGCACUGCCUGGUGAACGCCGGUGAUGUGGGGUGCGGUAUGUUCGAGUGCUUCAACAACAACUCGUGCGAGAUCCGCGGCCUGCACGAGAUCUGCAUGACGUUUCUGCACAAUGCGGGAAAAUUCGACUCUCAGGGAAAAUCGUUCAUUAAGGAUGCGCUGAAGUGCAUGGCCCACGGACUGCGCCACAAGUUCAGCUGCGUGAGCCGCAAGUGCCUGGCCGUGAAGGAGAUGGUGUUUCAGCUGCAGCGCGAGUGCUACGUCAAACACAACCUCUGCUCAGCGGUCCGGGAGAACGUUAACGUCAUGGUGGAGAUGAUUCACUUUCAGGACCUGUUCCCCAAAGGGCCUCACGUGGAGCUGGUGAACAUCCUCCUGGGCUGUGGUGAGGAGGUUCGUGCCGCCAUUGUGCAACGAAUCCGCUCCCAAUGUGAGCAGAACUGGGGAGCCCUGUGUGCCAGCCUGAGCAUGUGUUCUCCAGGCCACACGGAGCGCCACGCCACCUCCACCUCCACCCCCGCUCCUGCCUUCACCACCCCACCUGGGGGCAGAGCCAACACCCUGCCCCCCGCGGGCAGAUCCCUCUCAGAGCCGGGCGGGGAGCGAGUUCGGACUCUUGUGAACGGAGACGAGGGGAAAGGCCCUCCUCUGCCCUCGGGGUCGUCAGGGUCUCAGGACAACUCCGCGCAUCCUGAUGGAGCUUUCCUCGGGAAGUCUUCAAACAUCACUCGAAGAAGAUGAUGAUGAUGAAAUGAAGAAACGGAGAGGACGCUCUCAGAGAGUAACAGAAUAAUAAUAUCUGUUACUGUCUUACAAUACGACCCCUCUUUCUACAGCAUUAGAGACAUAAACGACAAACAAGUACAGCGAGAGCAAUGAUGCAACGAGCCGAGACCUACAGCAGCUUCACAUUACCGAAUGCUUUACUGAAUCUAGGAGAGAAUCAGAUUUUUUGCUCAAUGUGACUCAAAUCCAUUUUUUUUUUUUAAAUCAGAUUUGAGUCAGUUUCAUUUAUGGUUCUAAACCGGAUACAUAUCCGAUCCACGGACAUGGAACAUGAAAGUAAACGGUCAAAUCAAAUCAGAAUUCAUGCGUAUGUCUUUUUGCUUUCACGCAUUAGCAUUAGUGCUAUGUGCUUCUCUUUCAUACCCACACUGUAUCUCUUGGUGCAGCUGUGCAGCUAUAGCUGCAAAAAACAGCAAAAGCAAACCGCCUGUCCUUUUUUCUCCUCCUGGAGCUGAGCAUGAACUUCAGAGCAGCUGUUUACUCUCCACUCCAGCAAAAGAUGCUCCACAUAUGAGCUGCUAACUCAUCCUUUUCCCUUUAUAAAGCUACGAGUCUCUCCUCUCUCUAAUAUGAGGGGUUUUGUUGUUGGUGAAGAAGGAGGCGUUUAUACAGGUAUCAAUGUGCAGCAUGUGAGACGAUUCAGGAACCGAUUCUGUGUUCACAUUACACACAGAUACAGAUCACUUACAUUUACAGUGAAUGUGAACCGACAAGAUACACAAAUCUGAUCUGAGCAAAAAAACAAAAAAAGAGCAAUGCACAUAUUUUAUUCACUUCAGCACAGUCUCCAGUUCCUCAGUAAGUCAUUAAAGUGAUUUAUUAGAUUUAUUAGUUGUCUUGGUGCUGUAUCUCAGGAUUACACUACAUCAGGGGUGUCCUAACUUUUUUUGUUGGGGGCCAGAAGGAGAAAUAUAUUUGAAGUCAGGGGCCACAGACUCUGUAAUAAAACAAAUAAUGAAAUAUACCACUUUAAAUAAUACAUUUACCUGAUUACUUUCAUUUACACACCAUUUCACUUGACUUACUAUCUUUAUCUUUGACAGUGUUGUGUAAACUAAGAUUUUGCAAAUUGAUGUUUCAUUUCAUGAUGUCUCUUAAUA